GUUUGUGGACGCCGCGGGUUCGUCGGCAGCUCCCUGCUGCGCACAGGGCGGGCUCCUCGCGGUCCCCUGUAGUCAUUGGUUCGGUGCGGUUUCCUUGGGGACGUGGCGCCGCUGGCGGCCAGGCCUCCUUCCGGCUGUGCCGGGAGCCACGGGGAACCGCUGGGGACCAGGCUGGGCUGUGCAGAGGGACGAGCGGGCCUCGGGAUCCCGCUGCAGCCUUAGGAGAUGCCGGGGACAAGGAGGCCACCUUCUCAGGGCAAAAGGAAAAGAAGGUGACAGACGUUGAGUCUACUGAAGGGAACCCAUGGCUAGGAUCAGUUUUUCCUACCUCUGCCCAGCCUCCUGGUACUUCACUGUGCCCACAGUGAGCCCAUUUCUCCGUCAGCGGGUGGCAUUCCUGGGACUCUUUUUUAUACCCUGUCUCCUUUUGCUUCUGUUAAUCAUGGACUUAGGACAUCGGGGCGCUUCGUCACCACGAGAUAGGCAGUACGAGAGGUAUCUGGCUCGGGUAGGAGACCUUGAAGCCACCAACAUCGAAGACCCAAAUCUGAAUUAUGGACUUGUGGUGGACUGUGGCAGCAGUGGCUCCCGGAUUUUUGUUUACUUCUGGCCAAGACACAAUGGGAACCCACAUGACUUACUGGACAUCAAACAGAUGAGAGACCGAAACAGCCAGCCUGUGGUUAAAAAAAUCAAGCCAGGAAUCUCCGCAAUGGCAGACACUCCAGAACAUGCCAGCGAUUACCUGCGACCUCUGCUGAGCUUUGCUGCUGCUCACGUGCCCGUGAAGAAGCACAAGGAGACCCCCCUUUACAUCCUCUGCACAGCGGGCAUGAGGUUGCUCCCUGAGAGGCAGCAGUUGGCUAUCUUGGCUGAUUUAGUGAAAGAUUUGCCGCUGGAGUUUGACUUCCUCUUUUCACAGUCGCAGGCCGAAGUGAUCUCUGGGAAGCAGGAAGGAGUCUAUGCGUGGAUUGGAAUCAACUUUGUUCUGGGACGAUUUGACCAUGAAGAUGAGUCAGAUGCUGACACUUCCCUGGACUCGGCAACGGGACGCCGGAGGACGGUGGGGAUACUGGACAUGGGAGGAGCUUCUCUCCAAAUUGCCUAUGAAGUCCCUACCUCAGCCUCUGUCCUUCCUCCCAAACAGGAAGAAGCGGCCAAGAUCCUGUUGGCCGAGUUCAACCUGGGCUGUGACGUGCAGCACACGGAGCAUGUGUACAGGGUUUACGUCACCACCUUUCUGGGCUUUGGAGGCAACUUUGCCCGGCAGCGCUAUGAAGAGCUUGUGCUGAAUGAAACGCUCAACAAAAACAGAUUGCUGGGCCAGAAGACAGGCCUGAGUCCUGACAAUCCAUUUCUGGACCCCUGUCUGCCUGUGGGACUGACAGAUGUGGUGGAGAGGAACAGCCAGGUCCUGCAUGUCCGAGGAAAGGGGGACUGGGCCACUUGUAGGGCGAUGCUGAGCCCCCUGCUGGCCCGUUCCAACACCAGCCAGGCCUCGUUGAAUGGCAUUUACCAGUCUCCAAUUGACUUCAACAACAGCGAGUUCUAUGGCUUCUCUGAGUUUUUUUACUGCACAGAGGAUGUGUUGCGCAUCGGUGGCCGCUACCACGGGCCAACAUUUGCCAAGGCUGCUCAGGAUUACUGUGGCAUGGCGUGGUCAGUGCUAACGCAAAGAUUCAAAAACGGCCUCUUUUCUUCACAUGCGGACGAGCAUCGACUCAAGUAUCAGUGUUUUAAGUCAGCGUGGAUGUACCAAGUCCUGCACGAGGGGUUCCACUUCCCCUAUGACUACCCAAACCUGCAGACAGCGCAGCUGGUGUAUGACCGGGAGGUGCAGUGGACGCUGGGAGCCAUUCUGUAUAAAACCCGAUUCCUGCCACUCAGGGACCUUCGGCAGGGAGCUGUCCGGCAAGCCCACGGCGGCUGGUUCCGCCUCUCCUUCGUCUACAACCACUAUCUCUUCUUCGCUUGUACCCUGGUGGUGCUGCUGGCCAUCGUCCUGUACCUCCUGCGAAUCCACAGAAUUCACCGCCGACAGACUCGAGCCUCGGCUCCGCUGGACCUGCUGUGGAUCGAACAGGUGGUUCCGAUGAUCGGGGUGCAGGUGGGGCCCUGAGGCCGGACCAGAGCUGGAGGAACCCCAGGACUUGAGGAGUGCUGCUCACAGAAUGCCUCCACUUUCCCGAACUGGCCUCGGAUGCUGCUUUGGCCUGGGAAUUUCUACUUUUUCACUUUCAUUUCUUCUUAAUGCCCAGGACAGGGCCUUUUCUCAGAAGCCGUAACCUAAUCUGUGAGGAACUAAGGGGCGAGAGGCUGGUGCUAACACAGGGGACUAAGCUUAGCCCAAAUGAGCAUGCUUCUCCUUUAUCUCGGAAAUCUGGUGUGUUUCUGGGAUGUAGCAUUUUCCCCUCUUGCUGAAGCAAGUUUUUGAUUGGGCAACUGGAAUCGCGGUUGAAACCCACUUGGAUCAACUGAUACAAAGCCAGAGACGUUGUGCAGCUGCCCCUGCUUUCUUUCUCUGUAACAGAGAUAUCCUUAUGUGGAGAUCCACAGCCUUGAAUAGGGACCCAAGGUCUCUGAGGUUCAGUGGACCAGGAUCUCAAGGCAACCCAAACGAUACAAGCUCCUUGCUUCCUUGACAUCCCCGACGGGGUUGCUGUUGUUAUCUAGAUGGGAGAGGUUAAAACCCCUUUACAAUGAACGCCCCACUGGAGAUCUGACAGUAUUUUAUCUGAUAUUUGGUCUGGCCAGUACAGAAGACGUUUCCAUGUCUACGUGCCUCACGGGCUGUUGGGCAUCAAUGUUGCCUUUUGAGCCUUAAGCGUGCUUACAGAAUGGAGCAGCUGUGAUGGGAACCGGGGACCUGGUUUGCCUGUUUUCAGGCAAAUCUCACAGGCGUAUUUUUCUGUGCAGAAGAUUCAAAGCAACUUGCCUCAUUUCAGUGCUAAGAUCUUACAUAUUUUGGGAUGGGAUGUAUUUGGGGUUUUUUGUUUAAGGAAGAAUAGGAUCAAGAGAGUGGGCAAAGGCAAUAAAAUCAAAGUGUUUUUU